AGUCAGGGUGCUGCGUGUUGGCUCACUGGAAAGGCUCUGCUGCACUAAAUGGAACAGAACCCUAAUAACUAAAUUAAAAAUAAUAAAGAAAACACCUGACCCGAGUACUAUUACAUGUCAAAAUGGCUGAGAGCAUGACAUUGCUGAACUUGUCCAGAGGAAGGCUGAAAACUUCAGAAACGACAAAAGCACAAAAUGAUCUCACACCUAGAGGCUGCAGCACCCCAAUGCCUCACUGAAGUGCCCUUCACAGAGUGGCUCUGCCUGACGCUCUAUCAUGACUGAUGGCGAGGGGAGAGCGCGCUUUCAGUACGCAGAGUGCCCGGAGGGGCAGGAGCAGCAGCAGGAGGAGGUACAGGAGGAGGUGAGGCUCGCUAUACCUACAGCCUACAGGAAGGACAACCCGGGUCAUGAUGUUGAUCCUGGAGGAGGCCAUGAUGAUGUGGAGGAAGAAGAGGAGGAGGAGGAGGACGUGCAGAGUGGUCAGGGCGAAGGAAUAGAAUGGAGUCCUGAGGUUCAGGAGCAUGAAGAUCAGGAACCAGAGCUGGAAGUGGAAGUUGGACCAACAUUGGGAGUUCGCAUCACAGCUCCUAUUCGUGAUCCAGACUGUGUCUCUGAGGAGGAGGAGCAGCAGCCAUACCCGGCACUCUCCCCUGUGGCCUUCUUCUGCCUAAAGCAAACAACGAGGCCUCGCAACUGGUGUCUUCGCGUGGUUUGUAACCCGUGGUUCGAGCACAUAUCCAUGUUGGUGAUCCUGCUCAACUGUGUCACUCUGGGGAUGUUCCAGCCUUGUGAAGAUGUUGACUGCCAUUCAGACUGGUGCCGCAUCCUACAGGUACUGGACGACUGUAUCUUUGCUUUCUUCGCUGUGGAAAUGGUCAUCAAGAUGGUGGCCCUGGGAAUCUUUGGCCCCAAUUGUUACCUUGGCGACAAGUGGAACCAACUCGACUUUGUCAUCGUCAUGGCAGGGGUGAUGGAGUAUUCUCUGGAUGGUCACAAUGCCAGUCUGUCAGCCAUCCGUACCGUCCGAGUACUCAGGCCACUGCGGGCCAUCAACAGAGUGCCAAGUAUGCGGAUCUUGGUGACGCUGCUGUUGGACACCCUGCCCAUGCUUGGAAAUGUCCUUCUCCUCUGCUUCUUUGUCUUUUUCAUCUUUGGCAUCGUGGGAGUCCAGCUGUGGGCGGGGCUACUUCGCAACCGCUGCUUCCUGGGAGAGGACAUCAGAACAAUGUACAACUUGUCCAUAAGUCCUUACUACAUGUCCGAGGAAGGGGAGGACAGCCCAUUUAUCUGCUCGGCUGCCCGCGAGAACGGGAUGCGGCGCUGCCGCGAUGUGCCGGCCUACAACGAUGGCAGGGAAGACUGCUCGUUGGACGCCCACCAAAGUACAGCUCUGAUCGGAUCAGCACCUGUCGUGGGUGGGGCCAGCGUUAAUGGUUGCAUUAACUGGAACAAGUACUAUAAUGUGUGUAGCCCCGGGGACCUCAACCCUCACAAAGGAGCUGUUAACUUUGACAAUAUCGGCUACGCCUGGAUAGCCAUAUUCCAGGUCAUCACACUGGAAGGAUGGGUAGAUAUCAUGUACUAUGUCAUGGACGCUCACUCCUUCUACAAUUUUAUAUAUUUUAUACUGCUCAUUAUCGUGGGCUCUUUCUUCAUGAUCAACUUGUGCCUCGUGGUCAUCGCCACCCAGUUCUCCGAGACAAAGCAAAGAGAGAACGCCCUGAUGAGGGAGCAGCGUGCUCGCUACAUGUCCAACGACUCCACGCUCGCCAGUUACAGCGAACCGGGCUCAUGCUACGAGGAGAUGCUGCGUUACAUCAGUCACCUUUACCGGAAGCUGACCCGUAGACUGCAGAGGAUAUACUCUGGAUGGCACAGUAAAAGGCGUAAAAAGGUGAAUCCUAAUGGCAGUGGCGGAGGCAGUAACGGCGGGGGUAAUGGACACGGCCAUGGAUCCAGCAGGGGCUGCGGAGGCUUAGGCCCGGGUAGCUCAUUGUGGCUGAGACCGAUCCAUAACCUCCUGCAGCACCAUCAGCACCAGCACUGUCGCCUCAGCAACGGGGGGCAGCACACAAUCAGUGUGACAACCGCCGAGCACAUGGACGGAGAGGGCGGGGAGGAGCUGGAGAUGAAAUCGCUUCCUGUCCGGAGAGGAAGCACAAAUGGGAAUAGCAGCGGUGGUGGUGGUGGGAACCCGUCUGUUGUCACCCAGGGCAUGGGGGCGUUGUUGGGACGGCUGAACGGGGGGAUGAACUAUCCGACCAUUCUGCCGUCGUUUGUGUGCAGCUACAGCAGUAAGACGCCGCCCCCCCACUCCCAGUGUGGGCACAGUCCAGAGCAGCACCCACCAAACCACCCGGCGUCUGAACACACAGAGACGCUGAACAAGCUCUACCAGCUCAUGGGACAGCACAGACGCCAGCGGCUGCUGUACCAGCUGGCAGGCGUGGUGCCCAGCCCUCUGCUCUUGGAGCUGCUCAGCUGCCCUCUAUGUGCCCGCAGCCUGGAAACCUUGGAGCUGGAACUGGGAGACCUGGAGGGAGAGGCUGAUGGACUGCACGACUUCCCCCAGAGUGGGGAUCUGAGAGGCGGGCGAGGCCGCUGCAGACGGCGGGGGGUUGUGGAGUACAAAAACGGAGUGGUGCGUGCCUGGGUAGGCUUCAGGGAAAAACUGAAGAGGAUUGUGGAAAGUAAAUACUUCAACCGAGGGAUCAUGAUCGCUAUCCUAGUCAAUACUCUCAGCAUGGGGAUAGAGUACCACGAGCAGCCUGAAGAGUUGACUGAUGUGUUAGAGAUCAGUAACAUCGUCUUCACCAGUAUGUUUGUCCUGGAGAUGGGCUUCAUGCUGCUGGCCUUUGGCUUGUUUGGAUACAUCAGGAACCCAUACAACAUAUUCGACAGCAUCAUUGUUAUCAUCAGUGUGUGGGAGAUAAUCGGUCAAGCUGACGGCGGUUUGUCAGUCCUGCGAACAUUUCGUCUGCUGCGGGUUCUUAAGCUGGUUCGCUUCCUGCCUGCCCUGAGGAGACAACUGGUGGUGCUGAUGAAAACCAUGGACAAUGUGGCCACAUUCUGCAUGCUGCUGAUGCUUUUCAUCUUCACUUUCAGCAUACUGGGUAUGCAUCUGUUUGGGUGUAAAUUCAGUCUUAAGAUGGAGAAUGGAGACACCAUCCCUGACCGCAAGAACUUUGACUCUCUACUCUGGGCCAUCGUCACUGUAUUCCAGAUUCUUACCCAGGAGGACUGGAAUGUGGUGUUGUACAACGGCAUGGCCUCCACCUCCCCAUGGGCGGCUCUAUACUUUGUCGCUCUCAUGACAUUUGGCAACUACGUGCUCUUCAAUUUGCUUGUGGCCAUCUUGGUCGAGGGCUUCCAGGCUGAGGGUGAUGCAAAUCGGUCGGAGUCAGACGAUGAGAAAAAAUCGGACAACUUUGAGGAGGACGAGAAGGUGGAACAGCUCCGAGAUACUGAGCUAAAAAUGUACUCCCUGAUGAUGACUGCCAACGGCCACGUUGACCCUCGCGGCUCCAUGGCUCCUCCUAUAAUCAUGCGCACGGCGGCGACACCCAUGCCCACUCCGAAGGGCUCUCUGGGACCCGAUUCCAUCCUCGGAGAUGACCUCAUAUACAGAGAGGGGGUGUCUCAAUAUGUGGAGGUGGGACUGGGCUUCUCCGAGGCAGGAAUCAGUCACAUAGAGUCUCGCCGUGGGAGCUCCACCUCCAUGGAACCCUUAGCCUAUGACCAGCAUUCUCUGAGCCUCUCAAGUCCUGGCCGGCGCUCCCCUCUUCCUCCCCGGUCAUGGGGAAGCCGUCGCUCCAGCUGGAACAGCCUGGGAAGAGCGCCGAGCCUAAAAAGGCGAGACACCAGCGGGGAGAGGGAGAGCCUGUUGUCCGGGGAGGGAGGCGAGGAGGAGGAUAGUGGGGAAGACAAGGGGGAGGCUGGGGCCAACAACAGACUACGCCCGGAGCCCUUGGAGCUGCUGCAGGCGUCUACGCUCUGCCCUUCCAUAAUAGCGGAGUACAGCGACUGUAAUGGGAGGACCCUGACCUAUGACCCCACCGCGAACACUGACCCCAAGGAAGACUCCUCGCCCGAGGAUGACACGGAUGAUGAAAGUUCUGUGUGCUCCUGGAUCAAAAAGGAGCUCCGUAACAUGAAGCCCCGCUGGUGCAAAGAGCAUGAAGACUGGACUCUGUAUUUGUUCUCUCCGGAGAGCCUGUUACGUGCUUGGUGCCAAAGUGUGAUCUCUCACAAAAUGUUCGACCACGUGGUUCUGGUUUUCAUCUUCCUCAACUGCAUCACCAUCGCUCUGGAAAGACCUGAAAUACAGCCUCAGAGCACUGAGCGAGUCUUUCUGAGUGUGUCCAACUACGUUUUCACUGUGAUUUUCCUGGCAGAGAUGGCCAUUAAGGUUGUAGCUCUCGGUUUCUGCUUUGGAAAGCAGACCUACCUCCAGUCCAGCUGGAACGUUCUGGAUGGUGUGUUAGUGUUUGUGUCUCUCGUCGACAUUCUGGUUUCUCUGGCCUACACUGGCGGAAACAGGAUCCUGGGCAUCCUCAGAGUCCUACGCCUGCUACGAACACUACGCCCACUGAGGGUGAUCAGCCGAGCCCCGGGAUUGAAGCUUGUUGUGGAAACGCUCAUCACCUCUCUUAGACCCAUCGGGAACAUUGUCCUUAUCUGCUGCGCCUUCUUCAUUGUCUUUGGCAUCUUGGGGGUGCAGCUGUUCAAAGGGAAGUUCUACCACUGUGAAGGUCUGGACACGAAAAACAUCACCAACAAGUCUGACUGUCUGCAGGCCAACUACCGCUGGAUACGGAGGAAGUACAACUUUGACAACUUGAUUCAGGCUCUGAUGUCUUUGUUUGUGCUGUCCUGUAAGGACGGCUGGGUCAACAUCAUGUAUGACGGUCUGGAUGCGGUGGGAGUGGACCAACAGCCCGUAAGGAACCACAACCCCUGGAUGCUGCUCUACUUCAUCUCGUUCCUCCUCAUCGUCAGCUUCUUCGUCCUCAACAUGUUCGUCGGCGUCGUCGUGGAGAACUUCCACAAGUGCCGGCAGGAUCAGGAAGAGGAGGAGGCGCGCCUGCGAGAAGAGAAGAGGCUCAAAAUGAUAGAGAAAAAGCGCAGGAGUAAGGAGAAUGAAGGGGCUGAGGCCAAGCAGAGGCCUUACUACGCCGACUACUCCCCACUACGUCUGUCCAUCCACACACUGUGUACCAGCCACUACCUGGACCUCUUCAUCACCUUCAUCAUCUGCAUCAACGUCUUCACCAUGAGCAUUGAGCACUACAAUCAGCCACAGUAUUUGGAGGAGGUCCUGAAGUACUGCAACUACGUGUUUACCUGCAUCUUCGUCAUCGAGGCCCUGCUCAAACUCGCAGCAUUUGGCAUACACAGGUUCUUCAAAGACAGGUGGAAUCAGCUGGAUAUAGCUAUAGUGGCGCUGUCCAUCAUGGGCAUCACCUUGGAGGAGCUGAAAAUGAGCGCAGCACUGCCCAUAAAUCCUACCAUCAUCCGAAUCAUGAGAGUACUCAGAAUAGCACGAGUGCUCAAACUUCUGAAGAUGGCCACGGGGAUGAGAGCUCUGCUGGAUACGGUUAUGCAAGCGCUGCCACAGGUGGGAAAUCUUGGUCUCCUCUUCAUGCUGCUCUUCUUCAUCUAUGCUGCGCUGGGAGUGGAGCUCUUUGGCAAACUGGACUGCAAUGACAACAACCCAUGUGAGGGUCUGAGUCGUCACGCAACCUUCAAGAACUUUGGGAUGGCCUUCCUCACACUGUUUCGAGUGUCGACCGGAGACAACUGGAAUGGGAUUAUGAAAGACACGUUAAGAGAUUGUCAACCAGAGGACCAGCACUGUCUCACCUACCUGCCUUUGGUCUCUCCAAUUUACUUUGUCACCUUUGUGCUCAUGGCCCAGUUUGUGCUGGUCAAUGUGGUAGUGGCCGUUCUGAUGAAACAUCUAGAGGAAAGCAACAAGGAGGCUAAAGAGGAUGCAGAGAUGGAUGCAGAGAUCGCCUUGGAAAUGGCUAUGGAGAGGCAACGCAAAUUAAGCACAACCUCCAGCAACAGUUCUGUGGGAGGGACCUAUGUCGGGCCAUGUCCACAUUCACCUGGACAGGAGGAAGAGGUGCAGUACGGCGACCAGGACCUGCUGUCUCCAAGAAAGAUGUCUGUAUCCAGGAUGCACUCUCUGCCUAACGACAGCUACAUGUUCCGUCCUGUACGGCCUGCCAGCGCCCCCUACCCUUUGGAGGAGGUAGUUCACAGUCCCCAUCACCAGCAUUCAGGCUCAGUGACGUCGGUCCACUCCCAGCCAUGUGACAGUCGCACGCUGCUGCAGGUUCCAGACAUUUCCCCGGUUCAUCCCCGAUCACCUCCCACCCUCACUCUGCCCCGCAUCGCCCCUCCAACACCGAGCCCCUCUCCACGGGCCCUGCGCAGACAGGUGGCAGUUAAACUGGAUUCAGUGGAGUCCCAGGGUUGUGAGCAACAGAAGAGGCCCAACCCCAUCCAUCUGCCUCCUCCCUCCCCUUCUCCUCUCUCUCCUCAUACCUCCUCACCGUCUCCCCUGCCGCCUCCUCCUCCCUCCUCGCCCUCAGCCCUCUCUCUCCCACCCUGCUCCCCCACCGCCUUCCCACUCCCACCACCGUCUCCUUUGCCCUCUCUACUGUCAUCCCACUCUCCCCUCCCUCCUCCGCCAUCCUCUCCCUCGCUUCUCCUUCCACCGCCUCCCUCCCCGCGUCUCCCCCUGCGCCCUCCCAGUCUCCGGAGACCCAGACCGCCCUCUGCUGCGUCCUUCUGCGACCCCGCGGACGAGGAGGUGUAUCACAUCACCAGCUCUGCCUGCCACAGGUGGAGAGACGAGGAGGGAGGAGGGCAGGAGUGCAGGGGGAAGGCCGGCCGCAGCCACUCCCUCUCCCCCUACUGCACCCCGCUCUCUCUGGACUCCACCUCCUCCCCUCUUCCUCCGCUGCCGCCUUCCUCCUCGAGGAGCGCGCUCAGUCUGCUUGGGGUCGGAUUGAAGGAGCGUGACUUCAGAAAGGGUUUAAGCAUCGACAACCAGGGCUUCCUGGACAAGCCGCCAUCGUUGUCUGCUAGUUACUCUGACGACCAGCGGCGCCAUUCUAUCGAGGUCUGUCUCCCACAGGCUGUCACCAGUGACGACCCACACUUCACACGUGAAGCCCACCGCUCAGAAAAAGGUGGUCAGGCAUUUCCUGUGAGGGUGCAGUCAUUCGGAGGCGGGCACAGAAAGAAGAAGAUGAGUCCACCUUGUAUAUCCAUCCACCCGCCCUCAGAGAGGGAACACCCUGAAAUUGCCUCACCCCCAAAGCUGGCCGAUUGCAGUAUGAUGCUGAGACGCAGGACACCGUCCUAUGACUUGACCCCACACACACAGCCGAACACCCAAGACGUCUCGGCGGAGUCACACAUGCGCGCACAAAUGCACUCCCCGAUGCACACCGUGCUCACACCCAUCCACGUACCUCUGCAAGCACACUCGCCGACACACACCCAGGCGUACACCCCACCGCACGCGUCCACACCCACACCCCCACACAUCCCGAUCAGCCCAAACAUCUUCAUCCAGCCCCACGCGCCUCUCCUCCCCAACACAAUGCCUUUCUCUCAGACACACUCCCGCUCCCCCACCGCCGCGAGGCACUCCCCUCUCACAGGGGAAUACAUCCCCCUGCCCCAGUUCACCUUCGACCAACCACAGUCCAGAUACAUGAGCGGCCUGUCUGCCGGCCUAUCAGACGCUGAUUCAGCCACAUGCUCUUCCCCUUUCGACAACAGACUGGGAAGCGGUGCGGGGUUCAGUGCAAAGAAUAGGAGGACCGCCCAAUGAACAUCGAGCAUUGCCUUCAGGAAGUGAAUUAAUUGGUCCAAAAUCUCUGAAGUUGGAGUCGAGGGGCCUUGGCUGACCUCAGCAGAGAUUGGUGCUGGGGAGAAAAUGAGAGAAAGGAAGUUUACUGGGAGAGAGAUUUUUUUUUUUGUUUGUUUUGAUUUUGUUAAGCUGAAUACUGAAAAGACAUUAAUUAUUCUUUCCAGAGAGACGCUGGUACAGUCCCGUCCUAGAGGAACAGACAUUGGAUCCAUUUUCCUAAUCCCAGCUUGAAGGACAGCAGAUCCACUGAGGCUGUACCAGUCAAACAGUACCCACUGUACAUGGUGUGCUUAGGACUUAAACUGACAACACACACCAGGACUAAAGCCACCUAACUCCGUAGCCAAAGUUUUUUUGACACGCUGUCCCCACCCACGCGAGCCAAUCAGGAAGCAGCGUCUGGCUGAUGACCUCUGACCCUUUUACAGGAAGCGGUUUGUGAAAUGCGAGCGUGGGGGGAAUUGUGGGAUAUGCAACUUCAGGUUUUCUACAGAAGUUCUGCUUGCCCCUCCUCUGCUCCUCGAUCACAUUGAUCCGAGCAGAAGUGUGUGUGUGAGUGAGCGUGUCUGCGUUUUUUCCUAUGUGCGAGUAUUGUCAAAUCUGUUGUCAUGGAAGUUGGCCAUGUUAUUCUUACGCCUGCAGCGUCAGAGAGGGGGAGCAGGGCAGAGCUGUAGUGUACGUUUAUCUGUGUAUCUGUGCAGUGUAAAUAAAGGAAAAUACUGUAUUUGGUGAGAUUAAAAAUAGCUCUAUCCAUAUGCACAUAUUUUUAUAGAGAUCUAAAAUGUUUUUUGCACACAAAAUUUGAAUUUCAAGUUGCUUGUUUUUUCCUCUGUUGUCCUCUUGUGAAUGUAUGUUUCUUUUGAAAAACGGAGAGAGCGGGCGAAGGAGACCGGCCCUCCUCUCAAACAGGCUAGCUGAGAUUGAGGAGCGGGAUUUUAUUUUUCUAUUUUGAAAAGGAGAAAGACGAGAACAGGGGUGUGACGUGUUUCUGUAGCUUUGUCUCAGAUUUCUAUGUAUUUGAUGUCUAUAAUAACAGUCCUAAGAAGUGGGCUCAGUGAUGCAAGCCAAAAAAAAUAAUAAUUUUUAAGGUGUUUUUCCCACACCUGCAGAGAGUGCAGUUUAUGAUUUUGUGUAAACCUGUUGAGACUACUGGCUAAACCUGUGUGAUGUCUCGCCGCAAAUUCAGAUCUAGAUCUAAAAUCUACUGCACCUCAAUUUAUUUGUCUGGAUAAUCAUAAAAUAACAACUUUCAAACAGCUAAAUAUACAGUAUGAACAAAAUCCAGUAUUAACUACAACCUGCCAUCACUGAGCCCGUCUUCUACAGCUGUUCAAGCUGGAUCAGCUCUGACACCACUUCGUGUUCUGUACAUCUAAAGACAACCAAACUAACUAACUUACUAAAUAUGUGUAGCCAGAGUGCAAUAAUAAUAUAUACUUGUGAAAAAAAAAUAUAGUAACAUCUACACCGCAUAAAACAACCACAUUCUUGUGUUCGUACAUACUGUAGAACUUCUAUAUAUGAUAUAAACCCAUUUUUAUAUGAUGAUCGAGAGUAUUUCUAUUGCUAGUGUUUAUGGUACUAUAGGUACUUGCCCCCUGCAUGUGGCUGUGGUGGCAUGGGUGUGGCUGGAAGCAGGUAGUGUAGAUUUCUCUAAGAGCUCAGGCCCACCCUCUAGUGUUACUGUAAGCCUGAAGAGUGACAUGCAUCUCUGCUGAGGACUUAAUAACCCAUUUACCGCUCCUCAAUUUUAUUUUAAGCCCACCACACAUUAUAAAACAAGUGAUCACUUCUGUUAAAUGAAGCAUUCAUCUUCCAUAGGCUGAAUGUUUUCUUACCAAGCCAUACCUUUUAUUCCGACACAGCACAAUAUGUAUUUUAUUCUGCCUUGUGCACAGUCCGGUUUGGAGCAGGUACACGUGAAGCAUGCUUGUCAAGCUACUACUGAUUCUCCCUUUUAAAAGGCAGCUGGCUGGGACGGCGUCUUUAUUUAUUUUAUUUUAUUUUUUCCGAUCAGCAUGUCAAAUGCACAACUCCUCAGUAAUAUGAGUGAAAACCAAAGUGCUUUAAUGCUGUACCAUUAUCACCACAGAACCAGUACUUCUUACUUGCAAUGGAAAAUUGGAUCUACCUUGACGGGUAUUGUCGACCAAAUUUGAUUUAGUAUUUGUCAUUGAUUCACUGGGUGACAAAGGGUCUCUGGAGGUCGGUGAAAAUAGUAUUAAAUACUGUUAAUUUAAUAGUAUUAAACCAGUUCGGCAACAAGUAAAGCCUUGGAUUUUAUUAAUAUGUGGGCAUUAAAGAAUAAUAUUGUUUUUGUAAAUUUUUACAGAUACAAAGUUGGCCUUACAUCAAACUAUGACUAGCUGUAAGAGAGUGCCGAUACCUGCAGAAACCCUUUUUAAACAUGUUAGUGGUGGAAAGAAGAAGGUGCAGAUUAUCAUCAGAUUAUCAUUUUCCUUCAGUGCUCUCAUCAUCUUUACGUCUCCCGAGCAGUAUGCAUGUAGGGGGCAAAAUUGUGAGAUAAAACAUGAAAGAGGAAAAAAAAAAACAAUAAUAAACUUGUCUGUUAGCUUCAUUUUUGCCACAGGUCAACACAUGUGACCUUUGCGUGCUACAGCGCCGCCCUGUGAUUGGUUGUCAUCAUUAGGUAUUAGAAGUCCAGGUGACGAUGAGGCAAAAAUAACUAAGACAAAGUCGGAUACGGAAUGAAAAGCUCGAAAUCACAGUUUGAAAAAUGUUGCUGCUGAUGAACGCAGCUUCUUGGCUUGUUCAUCUUUUUCUCUUAAAGCACUCUUCUUCCAGUUCUGACAUGCAGAAGCACAUCUGAUGUUGGAUGUUGUCCUCCCUCCUGUACAUGGCACAGUUGGUCGUCCCCCCUGGUUUAAAAUAAUUUUGAUACAGUACGUGCUCGAACACACUGUUAUUGUGCAACUGCUUUGUCCUGUUUUACAUGUCCUCUUCCUGCACAGAUUGUCAGCAACGGGAGGUUUUAAGUUGUCUGAAGACAGCCUCUUUCUGUCUCACUCUUAUUUGACUCAGUGCAGACGACCCCGAUCUACAACAUAUUGCCAUAUUAAUCGACACAGUUUGGUAGAGUGACUGCAUAAUUGUUCUUACGAUUUACAGAUCUUUGGAUCUCAGUAUUUAAAUCCUGUUUUUGAGGAAACAGUUUUGACUAUUGCAUGUACUGAUUUAAGAAAAAAAAAAAGCUUUUGGGAAAGAAUCCUCUGGAUGUUUUAGAGAUUUUGAUAUUUACAUUUUCAGAUGUUUCCAUUUGUAGAUUGACUACCUAAUUGCACUGGGCUUUGAUUAAUUGGUAUCUGAUAAAAUACUGAUUAAAUGACCCUAUUCUUUAUUGUCCAAUGCAAUACUGGGUGGUUAUUUACUGUAUGAGGACAGAGCUCCUCUUUAUACAGUUUUAUAGAGAGAAAUGGAAACCUAGUUGGUUCUAUUUUGUUCAGAACCAAUGUUAUUUAAUGUUGAGGUGAACCUUUUUUCACUUUUCCUCCUGAUACUCUAAACAUGGUAGAACUCUGGUAUCGGUGAAACUAAUUAACUGAUGUAUAUUUUAUGUAGGAGUAGCCUCAGCCCUGAUGCUCUUUGACAGACAGGUGAAGAUAGUUGGGUUUUCUCGUUUGAUGCUGAGCUGGUCUGGCCUUUCGCAGUGAAGCCGAUCACGCUCCUCAAGUGGCGACGCAACACCACCGAGACUCCAGGAAGUUCAAACUGUGACAGAACUCGACUUUGAUGAAUCAGAAGCCUUGUGUUUUUCUUUCUUACUUUCUUUCUUUUAACCCUUCGGUAAUUGACCCAGGCACCCCCCACCCCCGAACCCCCCAAGCCUUACAAGGAGGGUAGGAGGUGUGUUCUGUCUGUCAGAGGAGAGCCAACGUGUCUGCAAUAAUAAGCCCUCCAUUAUUCCCUGUAACAGAGGGAGAAGGGAGGGGACAGGGGAGGUGUUUAAAGGCUCGACACACAGUCGGACUCUCUACAUUGUAUCGUUGCUGAUUAUUGUGUGAUGACCAACCGUUGUCCUGAAGGAUGUUUCCCUGUCAAUUAAAAAAUACAAGAUUUUUUUUUAUU